AAAAUGGCGGGUGCGAUGUGCACUACAACACCUUGGCAAUCACUGCAAAUCACUAAGUAUUUCUCUUAACCAUUCACUCUAAACACCGCUAAAAUGACUUCACAAAGCUCAACUAAAGAAGCCCUGACCAUUGUCGACAAGCUCAAACAAUGUAUCCUAAAGCAAGACCAAGUGAUUCGCGCGAAAAUCUCCGAGAACGUUGCUCUGAAAGACAAAAUUUUAGCCUUAGAGAAGGAAAGAGAGCAACUGAAACGCCAAAUACUGGAGUUGAAAGGUGUAGACUUAGCAGCCGUGGACUGUACUGUUGUGGAUAUGAACCACGGACAAAGCAGUGAUGACCAAUCAACACCAGAAGGAUGUAAUGCAAAUUUUACGCCAUCAUCACCUGUCAUCACAGUUCAGAAACCCGAAGAAGAUCGACCUAAAUCAGUGUCAUCUCCCUCAAAAGGCGGCAUAAAGGGAUCUCCCAGCAAGGGGAAAUCCAGAGAGGCUAGCGUUAAAAGAAAUGAUAGUCUUAACCGAUCCAAAUCUUUUAACAAGAAGUACGAACUAUCACCAGAUCUUCAAGAAAGAAGCUUGAUGCUGCUUGAACGAAAAUAUGGAGGCAAAGAAAAGGCUCAUCGCUCGGCACAGAUUAUCCAAAGUUAUUAUCGAAAGUAUAUGAUGGAUAGAAGGUUUAAACGAAUUAGAGCAUACUCUGAAACUCCAGACAAAUUACUUAGGGACAAGUCAGAUAGCAACCCAACAAAUGUUGAGAAAAUGUCAUACCAGGCAACACCAGUGCUGCGUUUGGUGAAACUUGUUGAUGAUAGAAAUAAGAAAGUUCGUUCUACUUUAAUUAUCGAUAACAUUACUCCAUGCCAUGCGGCAACUCCCGCAAACUUACAACCGCGAUUGGAGUCAGUUAAAACUACAGACAGUGCUUCAGAGACUAAGCUAUUAUCAAGUGACGAAAAAUCCCCUGUUAAUAGUCUGAAUGUGGAAGAUGAAAGACAAAGUGUGAGCGUUAAUGAACAUUAUGUUAAAGUAGAGAUGAUUGAGCCUGUUUGUAGUAGUCCUGAGGUGUUCACACCUGAUUCAACACAUUUUGCAAAUGGAGAUGUCCCUAGGACUAGGAGACAGACUACAGGAGACGAAAGUGAUGAAUCAACUGAGGAUUUCAGAAGAAACAUAGCCGACUAUUCCAGUGUUGAUAGUUUGGAUGGAGUCUGCAUGUCUUCCACAGCACUGGAUAAAGAUUUAGAUACUAUUAGUGUUUCAUCGGACUUUGAUAAUAUCCGUGCCUCUUCACCCAAGCCACAAAAACUGGAAAUGAGAAUAGGAAUAAACCAUUUCAAUAGGAAACCAGAGAAAGGAAUUGACUAUCUCAUAGAGCAUCAAGUGUUGGAUGAAAACCCAGAGACAGUAGCAAGGUUUCUGAUAUCAGAGCAUGGAAUCAGCAAGCAACGACUUGGCGAAUACUUGGGCAAUUUACAAAAUGAGUUUAAUAUGUCAGUUCUAAAAUGUUUUACUGAGAGCCUGGAUUUCACUGGAAUGGAAAUAGAUGUUGCAUUGAGACUUUACUUGUCACAUUUUAGGCUUCCUGGUGAAGCACAGAAAAUUGAAAGACUUAUGGAAGUGUUCUCAGAGCAAUAUAUUAACUGUAACCCGACUGAAGAUGAGUCAGCACAAGACAAGAUUCUAAUCCUGGCAUUUGCUAUUGUGAUGCUCAAUACUGACCUGCAUAGUCCUAACGUCAAGAAAAGAAUGACAGAGGCUGACUUUAUACGUAACCUGGAAGGUGUUAACAAUGGGCAGAAUUUCCCUGAGGAGAGCUUAAAAUCAAUAUAUAGUCGCAUAUUAAAGAGAGAGUUCACUCCAGCAAGAGACCACGUUACCAUGACAAUAAAACUGGAGAAGAAGAUAAUUGGCAAGAUGCCGUGGACGACACUUGCUGCCAUUCAUCGCUACCUUAGGAUGUCUACAUCGAUAUUUGAAGUACCCGAUGCACACAAAAAGGACAAGAAACAUGAAAGAGUAAUAUUCCUGUUCAAUGAUCUACUUGUUGUUACGAAGGAGAGAGGUAAACCAGGACAGAGAGAAGGAUUUCAUUUCUACAGCUACAAGUAUUCUUUUCCUCUUGGUGGAGUGAAAAUAUCCCUUUUCAAUAAUGAUUACUAUCAGUAUGGCAUUCAGCUCUACUCAAGAAUCGAAGGCAAGGUCUUAGCAACAUUUAAUGCUUCUGAUGAACGAUCAAGGAAAGUGGUAGUAGAUGAAAUGAUGGAAUGUAUAGAUGAGACCAAUGCUAUGGAGUCUGACAGGAUAGCAACAGAGAAACAAAAACAAGCAGCCAAAAGAAUGGAGCGUAACCUAGGCAACAUGACCCUGCCACACCCCAAGAAAAGUCGAGGAAAAACAAAGCCAUCUUGUGAUGCCAUCAGUUUACUUGACGUCUCAGUCAAUGCUAACUCACUAAGUACUGGGGACCUUGCUUCAACGAAACAGCUCUCCAGCUCCUUGUUAAACAUCAGUGAUGGAGAUAUCUCAUUUUCAUCAGAGCCUGAAGGAUUCAAGAGAUGCAACAGUUCAUCGUCUUUAGACAGUGCAUUUGUGGAUGGGGAUUCUAACCAGGGAUCUUCUCCUCGCACCUCCAAUGUUGUCUUAUCUUCACCUAAAACUGGUCUUUUCAAGAAAUUGCGAGCGCGCAACACAGCAAAGAGUUUGAACCGUGGCUCACCUGGUGCAAGCCCUAAUUCAAGUCCACAAGAAAGAGCUAGAAAAAUCAGUAAUCCGUCUUAGGAUGGAGAAGAUGAGAAGAUAAAAAAAAAAAGACUAUCUAACUCUUUGUUGGUAUGAUAAGAGAGCAAUAGGGCUUGGCUUUCUGGUUGAUAGACCUAAAAUCACAAGACAACAAGAGAUGAAGAGGUUACAAUAAAUGACUGUAAGUGCUGCUUAAGCGACCCGAUUAAUUAACAGGCAAACUCUUCUAUCUGUGAGCUGCACACUGAAAUUUGGAUUUCACUGCCGUCAAUUAAAUAUAAUCAGUCGGUAGCUUUCAUAGUUCUGACUGGCGGCAGCGAAAAGCCAAAUUUCAGGUGCAGCUCGCAGCUACCAAGUUUGCAUGUUUAUGAAAAUGGCAGUAGAUGAACACAUCACCCAAUAAAUACCAUUAUUCUAAUGCCAAAAGAAAGUAUGCCAUGGGCUGUGAGAAACCAUUCAUUUGUUCUAAUCAGAGGUGAGUGGUCAUCAAGAAGUAGACCUUGUUACUAACUUAUAUAGAGGAUAUUACAUGGGCGCGCGGAGAUGCGUAAUUUAUCUUCGAGUUUUGGAAAAGAUCUCUCAUGAGUGAGCGCAGCAAACGAGUGAGAGAUUUUCA